AUUGUCAUAAAACUGCGCUCUUUCAAACUGUUUGUAACAUUUACGAAAAACUGAAUACUGUAUUUUUUGAAAGUUUUUUCUGAUCUCAUCUCGACUCUAUUUACUUCUCUACAGAUUUACAAGCCAGUAUUUGUAACAUUUAUAACUCAAACGCUUUCUAGCGUUUAGACCAUUAAUGAAUGAAUUCUUAUCGCAACUUUGUUACACAAAAUAUUAGGAGUACAUUGGACAAAUAAUUAUGUCGGAAUCGUUGAAUCAGCUGGCGAAAUCUGGUGCUUUUCUCAUCCUUCAUGAAAACUUAGAACGCUGGGCAUCUUCUUAUCAGACGAAUACCUGUGACGAAAAUGUGGCUAUGGGUUGUGAAAUUAUUGAGCUGAAUGCCAGGAUCCAAAACCAGCUUUUUCGGCUUAUAAGCAUUUGUGCUUCAGAAGGUGGUCCAUAUGGGGGUGCAAAUGCAAUCAAACUUCGACUUUUACCACUUCUUGGAUCAGGUAGUGUAUUUUCCGGUUUCGCUGUUGGAAAACAAACAUCAAAUUCUAAUUUGUUUCCACCUAAAACCUACGAAUCGGAUAUUUCAAAAUAUCCUAGACAAGACAAAUACGAAGUUGAUCUGAUUGAAACACGUAAAGAAAACAAUCGGCUAAGAGAGCAAAUACUUUCAUUGGAAGGGGAAAAUGAGCGUCUCAAAACUCAUAUAUAUUGUCCUAAUAAAAACGAGUAUGAUUUUACUAAAGAUAAUUCUGGAUCGCUGAAAAAUCUUCCAACUUCAUCAAAAAUGUAUGAAGAAAAAGAUGUUGGACCACUGUCUUUAUCAGCCCCCUCAGAUUUAACACCAUCUAUGCUAACUGGUGUUAGUCCGCUAAGUCCAAAUGAUCCGAUACAACGAUACAGGCAGCACAUUUUGGUAAUGCGUUUUAAUGAAUUAUUUUCAUUGCAUCGAGUUGAAGCAAUGGGUAUUUUAAGGCGUUACAUAGACGAUUAUGAAGCAAGCCAAAAAAUUAUUUUCUAUACAGUUUUGGACUCAUUUCAUGUAGCCAAAUCACAUUUUCGAGCAUAUAAAAAUCGUGUACGUAAACAGAUUGCAGCGAAUAAUUUAAUCACAACAGAAACAUUAGAUGAAUUGGUACAAUCGUACAUUAACAUUCAUGCUAGUCAUUCAGCUGAUAUUUCAUUACUUGUUAAAGAUGCAUGUUUAGCUUUGGAACGCCGUGUACCACGGAUUCGCCGACCAUCACAGAAUCUUGGUUUCGAAGUUAUUAAAGAUUUUCUUUAUGAAACAUGUAAACUUGCCUGGGAAUGUGCUGCUUUGAGUCAUCCGCUCGAAAUUUGUAGACCAGCUUGUGAAAAUGAAUUGAUCGACGAGGCAAAAUAUAGGCGUAGUCAUGAUUCAUCUUAUCCAACAUUAUUAAUUCAUCACCACAUAUGGCCAUGUUUAAUGCAAAAUGAGAGGAUUGUUGCUAAGGGAGAAGUAUGCACCAGAGGAAAUUUUAAUUCAUACGGUUUUGAAAUUAUGUCUUCGGAUAAUCGAAGAGGGAUAGAUCGAUAUCGUAGUCGCAUAUCUUCACGUUCAUGUUCACCAGUACGACCAUCUACUUCGCCUGGCUUAAGAGACAACUCGACUGAUCGAUGUUAAUAUAUCCAAUCGGAUAAAUGUUGUACUUAAUUGUAAUUGCAAACAUGUUGUUUGUACAACCAUGACAAAUUAUGUUAUUCGGAGAAAUUAUAGAUUACGAAAUGAACUUGCAUGCCACUACUUAAUAAACAUCCUUUACCCAUAUUCGUGAGAUUUCAUUUUCCAUUACCGAUAACUGAAAAAUAACACAAAUGCAACUUAAUCAACCAGUGAGUAUCAUAGAUCACUGAACAACUAAUUUAUCUUGUUCUGAGUUUAUAAAUUUAAAGAAUGAUUUGUGCAGAAUAACAUGAACUCAUUAAGCUUCUGAUAGCUGGAACAAACUGUGAACCAUAACAUAGACUAUGAAAUACUGAACUAAGAAAAUAGGCGUCUCGUUUAUGAUUCAGAUAGUAAAAAUCGUAUAACUGAUUGGUGUUAAACGUUAUUCUUACCACACCAAAUAUUUGUAAAUAUACCAAAUAUGAAUAAUCCAAAGUUACUAAAGAUGAGAUUG